CCCGAGUCAUUAAAGCAUUAUUGAUUUUCUUAUCUAAAUCAUACGAAGUUGGAGGUAUACAGAAAGGUAAUUCUAGUGUUCUGGAGAAGGGGUAGAACACCUGUACGUCGACCUGCUGGAACACCCCCUAUUCUUACCGCGUCGCGACGCCGACUGCGACAGUUGUUCGCCGCGCCGAACAAACCCAUGGUCGUGUCAGGAAACGCUUAGCUUUCCUGGAAAAUUUCCCGAAUUUUCCACUGUCGAUAAUGCUGGGGUUCCAAUCUGUGCAUGACAUGGAAUGGAUCAAAGAAACGUGGAUUAGUGUCUUCGAGUUACUUUCCAGUCUUUGAGAUCAAAAGGCAUGUUUCUCUACCACGACAGGCAGGAUUUUUAUAAAAAUAUGUUCGAACUUCAAGAGAAAUUAAGAAAGAGUGAAGAGGAAAGAAUAAGGUUGGAAGAGCGGUUCAAGUUUUUGGUGCAAGAGUCUCGAAAUAGGCACGACGCUUGUAUAAAUAGACUGCGAUUGAGGUAUAUCGAGUUUCUUGAAGAGCAACGAGAUCGAGAGGAAAAAAAUACUAAAUUACAAGGAGUAUUAGAUAAAGUUGAUAGCCAACUGGCAUCAAUGACGGUUAAAAGCGACCAAUUGAAUGCACUCAGAAAACACUACGAAGCCUAUCUCCUACAAAUGUAUGGAACCCGUUCUUGUGGAAGUGUGACUGGAGACAGCGGAGUUACGAGUCAACAUGAGGAGAGAUUAUUCCGAAAAGAUUUGAUGCCCCAUAACAGAAGACACUCUAUCCAAAGUGUCUCAAUUCCACUAUGUUCACCAACAACUAAUUUUAGUCGCGUUGUAACCCCAAGUAUAUCAAAAUACAGCGAAUUAAGAUUCGUCGACCCACCGAGAAGUCGCCAAUCAGAAUUGUCAUAUUCUCACCAGCAAUCGAUUUACAGUACUCCAAAAACUUCCUAUAACUCGAAACCACAUUUUUCUUCCGUCACGCAACAGAUUCCAGAAAUUUGCGUAAGUCCUACUUUUACCCCAAAUCUCGUCUCCAGAGAUGUGCAAACUGAUAAACCUAUCAAUUCAAUGUUUAACCAAUCCUUUGGAUCAGUAAACCCCUGUAAAAUAUCUGGCAUUAGUCGUUUUUCCCAAACGUCUACUCAGGCCUUGCCCCAGUAUUCGAGCCCAUUUCCCAAUGAAUUCUCAAAUAAAUUUUCAAAUCAAGUGACACCUAGUCCUCAGAUAGAUGUCAGUCAGUAUCUCUAUACCCCAUCCCUUCCAAAAACGUCAGAUCUGGGAUCAAGGAACGAAUUCCGAGGACUCUCUGGAUUAGAUAAUACAUCUAGAGUUUUCAGAAAUAGUUCGCCGACUCCUAAUUAUCCAGAUUACUCUUGGAGAUAUCCCAGGAGUACUAACUUUGAAGAGAAAAGUCCUAGAUUCGAGAAGAACUCUAUCUUUGAAAGAAGUUCGAUAUUUAAUAAGAGUCCGACAUACGAAAGGAAUUCUAGAUUCGAGGAUAAGAGCCCUACUCGUUUUUUCAGAAGGCUCGACUUUAACACGAGCUUUAGAAGAAACGAUCGUCCUUUGCCUUCAUCAAGGGACAUACUUAGUUCUACAAGAGAAAAGCCUUCCCUGAAACCUUUUAGAUUAUCGACUAGUUUGAAAAGCGAUUAUGACGCCUACGAAAGAUCGAAAAGAUUGGACAAUGAACUUGAUAGGUAUAUCGGAAAAAUUAGGAACCUCCACAAAGAUGUGGACCUUCAGAGUUUAGAGGAUCUUGAUCAUGAACAGAACACUAGUGGUGAUCUUCUCAAUGUGACUCUCUCUGACGACGAUAUUGAUCUUCCAGUGGAAGAAAAGAGUAGAGGGAAACGUUUGCCAAAAAAGGCUGAUAUGCCUGAGGUUUUUGGCAAGGAAUUGGAGAGCGAAGAAUUGACCUCGAAAGUUCCAAAUACAGAUCUUGUAAUGCAGAUUGAUGCGCCAGUUUUCGAAACAAGGCACAAGGUUUCCUCGGAUAAAUCUGAUGAGACAUCUGCCGUAAUUGCGGUGGACGGAAUUAACUCCGAGAUUGCGAAAGGAGGAACUGAAAUAGCUGCGAAUGCGAUCAUUAAUGACGGGCUUGCGAUUGUGGAAGAAAGGGAAAAUCGAGUUGUUUCUGAUGAAAGCAAGACGAGUAUUUUUGGAGAAUUGGUCUCUGAAAAUGAUCAUCCGGAAGUUGAGUUUAACGUUUUAAAAGAAAAUGGAGCAAAGGGUUCAGAAGCAGCUCAUGCGGAAGUUGGUCAGACAAUUGAAGUUACUCAGAAGACUGGCGAGGAAAAGAAAAUUGUUGUUGAUGAAAUACCUGCCGCUGAGGAUAGGAAGGAAGAUAUUGCAGAUAAGGAAAGUAAAGAAGAGAAAGUAUUGGCAGAAACCCAAGAGGAAAGUAAUACGGAGGAAGGAGAAAAACGUCAAAAAACAGAGGAGCACAAAGAAAAUCAAGAUCCGAAUCAGGAAUAUCAAUAUGAUUCUAAUCAAGGUUAUAACUAUGAUCCAAAUGAUGGGUAUCAACAGUAUCCAGGUUAUUCUAAUGAAACUUUUGAUCAGUAUAAUGAGCAGUAUGAUCCUAAUCAGCAAUAUCCUCCAGAUCCUAGUCAAUAUCCUGAAAGUCCUGAAAAUUAUAAUGCAGAUCUUAAUCAGCAGUACAAUCCCAAUCAACAAUAUGGUCCCAGUGAAUAUGUUCAAGAUCCUAACCAACAGUACGAACAAGACCCCAGUCAGGCAUACGAUCCUAAUCAACAAUAUGAACAAGAUCCAAGUCAGCAAUAUGCUCCGGUGCCUAGCCAAGAGUAUGCUCAAGUUCCUAGUCAACAGUAUGUUCCAGAUCCAAGUCAAGAAUAUGUUCAAGAUCCCAAUCAACAAUACCCACAAGAUCCAAAUCAAGAAUACGCUCAAGAUCCGAAUCAAGAAUACGUUCAAGAUCCCAACCAACAAUACGCACAAGAUCCAAUUCAAGAACACGUUCAAGAUCCCAAUCAACAAUACACACAAGAACCUAGUCAAUAUGAUCCUAAUCAACAAUAUCAAGAUCCAAAUGUUCAAUAUGAUCCAAAUCAAGCUUAUGAUUAUUCUCAAUCCCAGGAAUAUUCUGAACAAGAUCAGACACAAAGUUCUGAUCCGAAUUAUAUUCCGGAAGCGGUUAUAGAAGGAGAUAAGGUGGAACGUGAAAAGGCAGAAGUCAAGGUUCAAGAGAAAGAAGGUGAUCUUGUUGAUGCUACUAGUGAUAAGAAAAAGGAACUAACUAUAGAAUCAGAUACAGAUAGCACAAUCGAACGAAAUGCGUCAAAUACUGAAAGCGAUUUUGAUUUUAAUUAGUUAAGUACCAUGUAAUUAGAUAAUAUAUGCUUGGAAAAGUUAAGAGCUUCUCCGAAUGACUUAUGAUUGAGGCUCAUUGCCAUGUGUAAAAUGGAAGUUACCACUUAGAAUUAAUUGUAGUUUCAGAUAAUUCCUGAGAUUGUCAUUGAUUAUCCCAGGAUUUGAAAUGACUUCAAAAACAAUUUCUGGGAACAAUAAUAUCUGUUUCCAAAAAUUGCUUGUUUUUAGACUACUUGGUAAUUCUAUUCUGCUCCUGGGAUUUUUUUUUUGAGAAAAACAUAAAGUGAUUAGCUUUUAAUUUUUGGCUAUUUUAGUCUUUUUAAACAUUGAUAAGCCAAAAUUACCGUCCAUGAAAGAAUAUAUUUUUUGUUAAAGUCUAGUCAAUUGUCCUAGUUG